UAUGCUUCCUCCAAAGUUCAAUCCAAAUACUGUUUCCUAAAAUAUCUCUCUCGCCCCCCCGAAUCCCCUUCAUUGGCGACCCGACCUCCAUUUUCCGCAAGCCGCAUUCAAGCGAGCGGCCAAUUUCAUCAAAUCAUCACAACCAUUCCUACAAUUUCGACUUUCUAUUUCUUCAAUUCUUCCAUCUCCCUUUGCUCUGCAUUUAUCCCGAGGAAUGGGUUCCUGCUAUUGAUAUUCUGCUGCUCACUUUGAUUUUCGACGUUUUUCUUCAAAUCCCACUCCCGCUAUUCGAGCUAUGAUAUUUUCCAGGCUCAGCCGCUCUCUCCCGCGCUCUUCUCGCUCCCAAAAUUUUUUGUAUGGUGGUGGACGGUCGGCGAUUCAGAACAUCAAUGAACCGAAGAUUUUGGCUGCGCCUCAGGUCGAUUCCUGCCUGGGAGAGAGAGAUGGGUUGUUAGGGUUUUUUAGAGGCUAUUUUGCAUUUGUUGGGGUGCCUAGCAAAUUCAUUCCCAAGGCUAGUUUGUCCGACUUGAAUUGUAUCAUCGCGAACCCGAAACUCCGGCGUUUCUUCUCGAGCGAAGCCCCGGAGAAGAAGAACUACGAGAACUUCUAUCCUAAAGAAAAGAAAGAAAUUCCGAAAGGGAAUGAGCAAAAAUCUGAGUCUAAAGGUAACUCAAAUACAGAGGAUGAAGGGAAUUUUCAGGAAACCUUCAUAAGGCAGUUUCAGAACUUAGUCACCCCUUUAGUAGUUAUUGGUCUUCUGCUUUCCUCCUUUUCUUUUGGUCCUCGUGAACAACAGCAGAUUAGCUUCCAGGAGUUUAAAAACAAGUAUCUGGAACCUGGCCUAGUAGACCAUAUCGUUGUUUCUAAUAAAUCAGUUGCAAAAGUAUUUGUGAGGAGUUCCCCUAGCAAUCAAACAAGCGAAGUCAUCCAAGGUUCUUCAAGUGGUGCUCCCACAAUAGGAAAUGGGGGCCAAUAUAAAUGUUUCUUCAAUAUUGGAAGUGUUGAGUCAUUUGAGGAGAAGUUAGAGGAAGCUCAAGAGGCAUUGAAUAUUGACCCACAUGAUUUUAUUCCAGUUACAUAUGUCUCUGAAAUGGUCUGGUAUCAAGAAUUGAUCAGAUUUGCACCAACACUCUUGCUUUUGGGGACCCUCUUUUAUAUGGGCCGCCGAAUGCAAGGAGGACUAGGUGUUGGGGGCGGGGGUGGUGGAAGGAGUGGUCGAGGAAUAUUUAAUAUAGGGAAAGCUCAUAUCACUAAAGUGGAUAAGAAUGCUAAGAAUAAGAUCUACUUCAAAGACGUUGCUGGUUGUGACGAGGCAAAGCAAGAAAUAAUGGAGUUCGUGCACUUCCUAAAGAAUCCUAGAAAAUAUGAGGAAUUGGGGGCUAAAAUUCCAAAGGGUGCACUUUUGGUUGGACCUCCUGGCACGGGAAAGACCUUACUGGCAAAAGCAACUGCUGGUGAAUCAGGUGUGCCUUUCCUGUCUAUAUCUGGUUCAGAUUUCAUGGAGAUGUUUGUUGGUGUUGGACCAUCAAGGGUUAGAAACUUGUUUCAAGAAGCCAGGCAGUGUGCUCCUAGUAUAAUUUUUAUCGACGAGAUUGAUGCAAUUGGUCGAGCAAGAGGACGUGGAGGUUUCUCGGGCUCUAAUGAUGAGCGAGAAAGUACUCUAAAUCAAUUGUUGGUCGAGAUGGAUGGCUUUGGAACCACAUCUGGUGUUGUUGUACUUGCUGGAACUAAUAGACCUGAUAUCUUAGACAAAGCUUUAUUAAGACCUGGUCGAUUUGAUCGUCAAAUUACAAUUGACAAGCCCGACAUCAAUGGUCGUGAGCAAAUUUUUCAGAUAUACUUAAAAAAGAUUAAACUUGACCAUGAGCCAUCAUAUUACUCACAAAGGCUUGCAGCAUUAACCCCUGGAUUUGCUGGAGCAGACAUUGCUAAUGUCUGUAAUGAAGCUGCAUUGAUUGCUGCAAGGAGUGAGGGCACGCAGGUCAAGAUGGAAGAUUUUGAAGCAGCUAUUGAUAGAGUUAUAGGUGGUUUGGAAAAGAAGAACAAGGUGAUUAGCAAGUUGGAGCGCAGAACCGUUGCCUAUCACGAGUCAGGUCAUGCUGUUGCUGGCUGGUUCUUGGAGCACGCCGAACCUUUGUUAAAAGUAACAAUUGUUCCUCGUGGUACGGCUGCUUUAGGGUUUGCACAGUAUGUUCCCAAUGAGAAUCUUCUCAUGACCAAGGAGCAACUUUUCGAUAUGACUUGUAUGACCCUUGGUGGUCGUGCUGCUGAACAGGUUUUAAUAGGCAGAAUCUCCACUGGAGCUCAAAAUGACUUGGAAAAAGUCACAAAGAUGACCUAUGCUCAAGUAGCAGUGUACGGUUUUAGUGAUAAAGUGGGGCUUCUCUCUUUUCCUCAAAGAGAGGACGCCUUUGAGAUGUCCAAACCUUACAGUAACAAGACUGCUGCAAUAAUCGACGGGGAAGUGCGAGAAUGGGUCGGUAAGGCAUACGAACGCACAGUGCAGCUGAUAGAGGAACACAAAGAACAAGUGGCUCAAAUUGCAGAGUUGUUGCUUGAAAAGGAAGUUCUUCACCAAGAAGACUUGGUUCGGGUGCUGGGCGAGCGACCAUUUAAAUCAAGCGAGUUAACGAAUUACGAUAGAUUCAAGCAAGGUUUCGUGGAGUCGGAUGAGAAAAGUGUUGAAACGCCAGCAACCCCAGUUCAAGCAGGCGAGGAGGAUGGUUCUACACCCUUAGAACCACAAGUCGUACCCACAUAAACUUGGGAAGCAGUAGUGUGUACAUUAAGUUAUUUUUUUCCCAUUUUUCUCUUCAUUUUUGCAAAUGGACAGAUUUUGUAACCAUAGCAUUUUAAUUAUUUUUACUGAUAUAAUAUUUGAAUAGUUGAUAAAUUUAGUUUGAUA